AUGGCCCAACCCACUCUUUCUCUUUCAUCAGACGGCCAAGCUCUUCUCUCUCUCAAGAGAGAAUCACCAUCAUCCCCUUCUUCAUCACUCUUCUCCUCAUGGGACCCACAACACCAGACACCAUGUUCAUGGUAUGGCAUUACAUGUUCUGCAGACAACAGAGUGAUUUCUGUCUCUAUCCCCGACACUUUCCUUAACCUCUCUUCAAUCCCAGACCUAUCUUCUCUCUCCUCUCUUCAGUUCCUAAACCUCUCCUCCACAAACCUCUCUGGCCCAAUCCCUCCUUCAUUUGGAAAACUCACCCACCUCAGGCUUCUCGACCUUUCAUCAAACGCUCUUUCUGGUCCAAUUCCGUCAGAGCUAGGCCGCCUCUCUUCUCUCCAGUUCCUUAUCUUGAAUGCCAACAAGCUCUCUGGCUCAAUCCCUUCACAGAUUUCGAAUCUUUCUUCCUUGCAAGUUCUUUGUCUUCAGGACAAUCUGCUGAAUGGUUCGAUUCCUUCAAGUUUAGGCUCUUUGGUCUCUCUUCAGCAGUUCAGGCUUGGUGGUAACCCUAAUCUCGGAGGCCCUAUCCCUGCUCAGCUAGGGUUUCUGACGAAUUUGACAACUUUAGGGCUUGCAGCCAGUGGUUUGUCAGGUCAAAUCCCUUCCACAUUUGGGAACUUGGUAAAUUUGCAAACUUUGGCUCUGUAUGAUACUGAUGUCUCCGGUACCAUUCCACCUCAACUGGGUCUGUGCUCAGAGCUCAGGAACUUGUAUUUGCACAUGAACAAGCUAACUGGAUCCAUCCCAAAGGAACUGGGUAAGCUCCAGAAGAUCACUAGCUUGCUUCUAUGGGGGAAUUCUUUAUCUGGAGUCAUCCCACCUGAGAUUUCCAACUGUUCUUCCCUUGUGGUAUUUGAUGUUUCGGCCAACGAUCUAUCCGGUGAGAUUCCUGGAGAUUUGGGGAAGCUUGUUUGGUUGGAGCAGCUUCAGUUGUCUGAUAACAUGUUCACCGGUCAGAUUCCGUGGGAAUUAAGUAACUGUUCCAGCCUCAUUGCUCUUCAGCUGGACAAGAACAAGUUAUCAGGCUCCAUACCUUCCCAAAUCGGAAAGCUGAAGUCUCUGCAGAGCUUUUUCUUGUGGGAGAACGCAGUUUCAGGAACAAUUCCGUCUUCCUUUGGCAACUGCACGGACCUAAUCGCUCUAGACCUCUCUAGGAAUAAGCUAACAGGAAGAAUCCCCGAAGAGCUCUUCAGUUUAAAGAGGCUCAGCAAGCUUCUCCUUCUCGGAAACUCCUUAUCCGGUGGAUUACCAAAGAGCGUAGCGAAAUGCCAGUCGCUUGUGAGGCUAAGACUCGGAGAGAACCAACUUUCAGGUCAGGUCCCUAAAGAGAUAGGCCAGUUACAAAACCUGGUGUUUCUUGAUCUCUACAUGAACCAUUUCUCUGGUGAGCUUCCUUACGAGAUCUCCAACAUCACUGUGCUUGAGCUCUUAGAUGUGCACAAUAACUACAUCACCGGAGAUAUCCCUGCUCAGCUAGGGAACCUUGUGAAUCUAGAGCAGCUUGAUCUGAGCAGAAACAGCUUCACCGGAAACAUACCGCUGAGUUUCGGAAACUUCAGUUACUUGAACAAGCUGAUCCUCAACAACAAUCUCCUCACUGGCCAAAUCCCUAAAUCCAUCAAGAAUCUGCAGAAGCUUACACUGCUUGAUCUAAGCUUCAACAGCUUAUCUGGCGAAAUCCCACAAGAACUCGGCCUAGUCACGAGCUUGACUAUAAACCUGGAUUUGAGCUACAACGCCUUCACCGGAGACAUCCCUGAAACUUUCACAGGCCUCACGCAGUUGCAGUCACUCGAUCUCUCACGCAAUCUGCUUCACGGUGACAUCAAAGUUCUCGGUUCACUCACGAGCCUAGCUUCUCUCAACAUCUCCUCCAACAACUUCUCUGGUCCUAUCCCAGCUACACCCUUCUUCAAAACGAUCUCCGCAAGUUCGUAUCUCCAGAACACAAAUCUCUGCCACUCAGUUGACGGAGUCACUUGCUCAUCACACAAUGGACAAAGUAACGGAGUCAGAUCCCCGAAGAUCGUAGUUUUAAUCGCUGUAAUCCUCGCUUCAAUCACCAUCGCCAUUCUCGCCGCCUGGCUUCUCGUCUUACGCAACAAUCACCGCUACGCAACUCAGAAAUCAGCAACGAUGUCGUCUUCUACAUCGACAGCAGAAGAUUUCUCCUACCCAUGGACAUUCAUUCCGUUUCAGAAACUGGGCAUCAGCGUCAACAACAUUGUGAAUUGCCUAAUCGACGAGAACGUAAUCGGAAAAGGCUGUUCCGGAAUCGUUUACAAAGCGGAAAUGCCCAACGGAGAGACCAUUGCAGUGAAAAAGCUCUGGAAAACUAAAGACGACGACGGAGGAGGAGAACCUACGCUUGAUUCUUUCGCGGCGGAGAUUCAGAUUCUGGGUAACAUCAGGCACAGAAACAUCGUGAAGCUUUUAGGUUACUGCUCCAAUAAAUCCGUGAAGCUGCUUCUCUACAAUUACUUCCCCAACGGGAAUCUACAGCAAUUGCUUCAAGGAAACAGAAGCUUGGAUUGGGAAACUCGUUACAAGAUCGCGAUCGGAUCCGCUCAGGGUCUCGCUUAUCUUCACCACGACUGCGUUCCAGCGAUUCUGCACAGAGACGUGAAGUGCAAUAACAUUCUUCUCGAUUCCAAAUACGAAGCGAUUCUCGCGGAUUUCGGACUUGCGAAGCUGAUGAAUUCGCCGAAUUAUCACACCGCCAUGUCUCGAGUCGCUGGUUCCUAUGGCUACAUCGCACCAGAAUACGGGUACACGAUGAACAUAACGGAGAAGAGUGACGUGUACAGCUACGGCGUCGUUUUGCUAGAGAUUCUGAGUGGCCGGAGCGCCGUAUCGCCGCAAAUCGGCGACGGGCUUCACAUAGUGGAAUGGGUGAAGAAGAAAAUGGGAAGCUUCGAGCCGGCGUUAUCUGUGCUCGACGUGAAGCUCCAAGGGUUACCGGACCAGAUUGUUCAAGAGAUGCUUCAGACAUUGGGGGUCGCGAUGUUCUGUGUGAAUCCUUCGCCUGUGGAGAGACCGACGAUGAAGGAAGUUGUUGCUUUGUUAACGGAGGUCAAGUGUAGUCCUGAGGAAUGGGGGAAAACAUCUCAGCCUCUUAUAAAGCCUUCUUCUUCAUAA